AUGUCCUCAAGCACUACGCCUAUACCAGAGAAGAGCGACACAAUCAUGAGUCAUCAGUCCGUAGAAAAUGGCCAGGACCAAGCGUGGGGUGACCUCCAAGUCCUCAAUGUCGCUGGCGCAGCGGGACUGAAGCUUGCCAAAGAUGGGAAGACAGUACUGAUCCCGCAGCCAUCUGACAAUCGCACAGAUCCGCUUAAUUGGACUUGGGGCAAGAAGCAUCUCGUCCUGCUAUCACUCCUCCUGGCAUCACUACUGACCGAUUUUGGCAUGACCUACGGUUCUGCUGUGUUCGUUCAGCAAGCCAUGAGCUUCAGUUUGAGCGUGCCAGCUAUGGCGAAUUCUAUCAGUGGUGCGCUCUUCCUGCAAGGCCCUGGAGGGCUGUUUGCAAUGCCGCUUAUCCAGCGAUACGGACGCCUCCCAGUCCUGUUCUGGUCCCAGUUACUCUCCGCCAUCUGGGUGAUGGGAGCUGCUUUGGCUCCUAAUUAUGCGGCUUUCACGGCAUUCAGAGCUUUGCAAGGCUUCUGCGGCACUGCACCUCAAGUUAUUGGCUUGAGCGAGAUCCAUGACCUGUAUGCAGCAACGACCAGCCGUAGCCGAGCAUACGCUCGCUGA